GUCGCACCAGCGCUGCUCGUGUUUUUGAUCUGAUGUUUUAUGGACAAACACUUUAAAUUUUUUUAAUGAGAACUGAUUUAGUUAUGUUUUCAUGAUCUAAAAGUUUAGUGCAGCUCUCCCUCACGACAUAAAGGAAGUAAACUGUUUGUAAAACCAGAGACUAAUAGUGUUAAAGAUUACCGGGACUGCAUUUCUGAAUCAGAAACAAAAUAAUAAUGCAUAAAACACUGAGAGUGACAAUGCUGCAAAAACAUUCGGCGUAAGUUAAUUUAAUUUCAGAUGCAAGCAUAUAAAUAUAUUUUAUUUUUACUAAAUUUCUCUAUUGAUUUAGCCGUGUGUAAGUACAGAACGCAGUCGUGGAGUGAACGCGCAGAUGAUGAUUGUGUGCGUGACGCGCCGCGGUGACGCUCAGCAACAGAUGCGCGUUUGUUUCACACGAUCCACCUUAAAGCCAGAGCUAGUCCACCCCUCCUGCAUCUGCCCCAUGAUCCUCUUUCAUUCAUCAGUGUGUGUGUGUGAGUGUGCGCGCAAAAACAGCGCACGCAUCUGAUCCGACACACUCACGCAGAGUCUGACGCGGCGCACGGACGCUAAACCAGCGGAGAACGCGCUUCAUUCGUGGAUUUAACCGGAUUCUUUCUGCUUUGCCCCGCGGAGUUUCCUCUGGAUGUUACGCUCGCGGUCACGCGCUGAUUUUUGGCCUCGCUCUGGACAUAUUGAUGGAUGUUUGGCACACGGACUGAUGGAUUUGACAUUAUGGGAGUCUGUCUGUAGGGUGUCAGAUGAACGUUGCAUCCGUGUUGUUUGGAGUUGCUGAUCGUGUCUCAUGGAUCGCCACGGUCAGCGCGGAGGAAGCGUCCCAUCCAGUGCCAUCCUUUCCCUGGACCAGAUCAAAGCCAUCCGCUCAUGCAACGAAUACACCGAGGGCCCGGCCGUAGCGCGCAGACCGGCGCCGCCGCCGCGCAACGCAGACAAGCAGGAGAGGACUCACGAAGUGAUCCUGGUGAACGUGAAUAACAACUACGAGCACAGAACGGCGCGUCCGCCGGCGCUCAGCAGAUCCACGAGCUCCGGGAGUAACAGCAGCGACGGAUCGGAGCGAGGCCUGCUGGCGCCGUCGCAGUAUCGCAGUCGUGCCAUACAGACUCAGCCCAAAUCUCUGAAUGCAUCCAUGCAUCCGUUUCUCCCUCCAGACGUUCCUCUCAAACAGGAAAAACUGGACUCGCCACAUUUAUACAUCUGCGAGAGCUGCGGGAAAUGCAAAUGCAGCGAAUGCACGGCGCCUCGUCCGCUUCCGGCGCGCCUUGCGUGCAACGAACAAUGCUUGUGUUCGGCCGAAAAUGUCGUGGAGCAUGGGACGUGCAUGUGUUUGGUCAAAGGGAUUUUUUAUCAUUGCUCAAACGACGAUGAUGACGUUGGUGACCCUUGCGCCGAUCGGCCGUGUUCGCUGUCGCAUCCGCAGUGCUGCUCGCGAUUCCUGUGCAUGGGACUCAUGUCUGCGCUCUUUCCGUGUCUGCUGUGUUACCUGCCUGCUAAGGGUUGCGUGAAAGCAUGCAACUCGUGCCACGACCGCGUGAAGCGGCCUGGAUGCCGCUGCAAAAACUCUAACACCGUUUACUGCAAGCUGCAGAACUGGAACCAGACGCCUGGACAUGCCCCGGGAAAACCGUCCUGAGAAAUCGCACGUAUUUCUUUAGCUGAAAAAAGCUGGUUUUGCUGCUGCAGGAUGCGGAAAUUGCAAAUAGGGCGGGGACAUGGGGGAGGAGUUAUGUUAAUGAGCGCCUGAUAAGCUCCGCCCCUCACGAUGCGGAAGAACCACUCGUUUGUUUUCUAAAGCUGGCUGCGUUCCACUCCACUUCUUCGCACUUUUUUUUCGCAAACUACCCUAAGCACUUCCCCUCGGGGGAAUCCCCGCUGCCAUUUUGAAGUGCGUUUCACUUCGUGAAGUGGACGAGGGAAGUUUAUACGGAGCAAUUUUGACCGAGGGAGCGAGUCUGCUUCAUAUGCACACUUCAAUAGACCACAAUGCAACACGAUUAUGAUCAUAAUCAUCCCAAUCUCAAACAACUCUACACUCUUAAAAAUAAAGGUGCUUCACGAUGCCAUAGAAGAACCUAUUUUGUCUAAAUGGUUCCAUAAAGAACCUUUAACAUCUGAAGAACCUUUCUGUUUCACAAAAGCUUCUUUGUGGCGGAAGGUUCUUCAGAUUAUAAAAAGGUAAGAAAGAGAUGGUUCUUUAAAAGAACCUUUGACUGAAUGUUUCUUUGUGGAACCAAAAAAUGGUUCUUCUGUGGCAUCGCUGUGAAGAACCUUUUUAAGAGUGUAUAAUAUAUACUUUUUUUUAACAUUUAUAACAGCACAAGCAUUCCUGUGUAUAUAUAUAUAUAUAUAUAUAUAUAUAUGUGUAUAUAUAAAAAGCUAAUAUAAGCUAUAUAAAAAUGUAAACAAUAAACCAACUCCAUAGCAGAUUCUAAGUGGUCAAGGGCUCAGGACGUUUCAAUUCUGCCCAAUACAUUGAAGUAGUUGGCACUCAUGCAACGUAAUCAAUGACGUACAUCCGAGUAAACGACAGAGGGAAGUUUGCGAGUGAAGGGCAUGAAAGUGGAGUGGAACGCAGCCCCAGUGUUUGCCUUACCUGACUGUGUACAGCUACUAUCUAACACGCGAUGGUGCUUUGAAACGCCUCUUACCAAACCUGUGAAGGACUCUGUGAUAUGUAGCUGUUAUCGGAUCUACAGGCGAUCUUUCGUUCUGAAACUGUCUAUUCGUUCUCAUGUAAAGAUGUAUGUUCAAAUGCGCAAGAGGAAUUUACGGCUAUUUUUAAAAGGAAAUGUUAAGACUGUUAAAUCUUUUUUUCGUUGUUGUUGAUGUUGUAAAAAAUAUUUAUUAUGUGAAGCUCUAUUAUUUUAUGAUAUUUAUUGCAAAGGACAGAUUUACUCAUGUCUGAAUAUAACAAAAUAUCAACACUUACUGCAACAUGAAAGAAUGGAGAAACUGAUGGAAACAUGUUAACUUUAAUGCAAAAAUAUACAAGUUAAUGCAAAAACGCUCUUGUUUGGUGUCUCAUUUAUUAAAUGUGUGUUGCAAAGGUUGGAAAUGAAGAUGUGUGUGUUUCUGCAGGACGAAGUCAAGCGUGCAAACUGCAGCUCAGAUGUGUGUGUGUUUGGGGCAGGGCUGUGUGUGUGUGUGUGUGUGUGUCCACCUGGCCACCUGUGUGAGGCUCAUAAAGUCUCUCUCUUUGUCUUCUUUUAUUGCGUGUUUCCUGCUGUCAGGCGUUUGUGAGCUGCUGAUUUUCAC